AUGGACUAUGUUGGCCAGAGGACGGGAUGGAACAUGACAUCACUAGGAAAACUCGCUGAUCUGGCCGAUAAUCUCAUCGAAAUUGACAUGUACAAUGCCUCAUAUCCGGACUGGCUCCUUCGUCCAGAAUUGCCAGGUUACGAUAAAGACAAAAUCAUCAACGAAAUAAUUGGGUUUUGCUGA